CACACACACACACACACACACAUAUAGAUGUAUAUCCUGCAGCUGAAAAGGAACAAGUCAGUCUCUGUGCUGAGAGAGCUAUUGUCCAAAACAGGAAACAAAAACGAAUGUCUCAACAAGAGUCAGAUUGCCUCACUGAUAAAAUGAGAACAGGCUGUCAAAAACAAAAAGGUCAGAGGACAACCUUGGGUGUAGGUCCUCACCUCCAUCUCAGUGGAGACAGCCUUGAGUUCACCGCUGCAGUGUGUGCCAGGCUGCUGGGCUGCUGGACUGCUGGGCUGCUGGCCCGGGGACCCUCCUGUCUCUGCCCUGCCCUGCUGUGCCUGCUACCGUGCCCGGACUUCUGUGGACUCUGGGGUGGAGCUGAGCUCUGUUUUACCCUUGCGAGUCAGUCACUCGACUCGCCCAGCCGUCUCCCCAGCCGUGUAUUUUAUACUUACUGUCCUGUUGACACAUUUGAGCAAUGUUCGCAUUUCCUGUGAAGAGUCUGCUCGUCAUUUACUUCCAAACUUAAUGAUUCUCUUUGCCAGAAACUUCUUUCCGUUCUUUACAGCGUAAAUGACUGGACAUUUGUCACAUGCUUGGCCUUCUCGUCAGCUCUUUAUAUAUCUUAGUCAUCCACAUUGUGAAUUCCUUGAGUCCAGUUACUGUAUCUUGUUCAUCUUGAUAGGAGAGGUGUUAGAAUGAAGAACGUAGAGAGAGCCCGUUUGAGCCCCAUUCCCUAUUUAUUCCCCCAUGGGACCUUACACAAGUAAAUUACUUAGCCUCUUAGUGGAUUUCCCCUUUGUAAAAUGCUUCUAACAUUACUCACCUUGGGAAGCUGUUUGGAAGAUGAAAUAACAGUCCAGUGAACUCUGAAGACAACACUUCCAAAGGUCAUGGAAACUUGCUAGAAAUGAUGUACCGAGAGCCAGCGAGAUGGUCCUAUACAUUCCAGACGGUUUCCUUUAUGAGCCGUCUGAAAGUGCAGCUGGAGCCCCUUCCAGGGAGACUCCUACGGGCAGAGAAGUCCGUGCAAAUCUUCGAGAGGUCUGUGUACAGUGACAGGUAUAUCUUUGCAAAGAACCUUUUUGAAAAUGGUUCCCUCAGUGACGUCGAAUGGCACAUCUAUCAGGACUGGCAUUCUUUUCUCCUGCAGGAGUUUGCAGACCGGCUCUUGUUACAUGGCUUCAUCUAUCUCCAGGCUUCUCCCCAGGUUUGUUUGGAAAGACUGUACCAGAGGGCCAGAGAAGAAGAGAAAGGCAUUGAGCUGGCCUAUCUUGAACAGCUGCAUGGUCAGCAUGAAGACUGGUUUAUUCACAAGACUACCAAGCUCCACUUCGAAGCUCUGCAGCACACGCCAGUGCUGGUGCUGAACGUCAGUGACGAUUUCUCUGAAAACGCGCCAAACAAGAAGAGCUCAUGAGACAGGUAAACACCUUUAUAAGGAACCUGUAAGCAGUAAUUAGACAUCUUGGCUAUGGUCUGGUUCCGACUUUCUGAAGCUAGUAAACGUUGACCUUCCAUCCAUCCUGCUAUGCACAUCCACUUGGCCCUGAAGCAUCCGCACACUCGGGUGUGUGCUGUCUUCAGUACUGCUGUUAUCUUUUUUUUUUUUUUUUUUUUUUUUUUUUUAUCUCAAGCACUUUAAAAAUAAAGCUGACUUAAGGUUGUUUUUCUAA